CAUAUUUCAUCAUUCAGCACAACAAACAAUCUUGUUCUUCGCUCUUUUAGUUUCUUCUCUUUUAUAGAUUUAAUCAUGUCUCCUACUGAGAUAACCACCAACAACACUACCUCUCCCACCACAGAGUCGACAGAGAUGCCGAAGAAGAGGGCUUAUGUUACGUUCUUGGCCGGCAAUGGAGAUUAUGUGAAAGGUGUGGUGGGUUUAGCCAAGGGUUUAAGAAAGGCUAACUCUGCCUACCCUCUUGUUGUUGCUAUUUUGCCUGAUGUUCCAGAGGAUCACCGCCAAAUCCUCGAGUCUCAGGGCUGUAUUGUUCGUGAGAUUGAGCCGGUUUAUCCUCCUGAGAACCAGACUCGAUUCGCCAUGGCUUACUAUGUCAUCAACUACUCUAAACUUCGCAUUUGGGAGUUUGUGGAGUAUGAGAAGAUGAUAUAUUUGGACGGUGACAUACAAGUUUUUGACAAUAUUGAUCACCUUUUUGAUGCACCGGACGGCCACUUUUAUGCUGUUAUGGACUGUUUCUGUGAGAAGACAUGGAGUGAUUCAGCUCAGUACAAGAUCGGUUACUGCCAGCAGUGCCCGGAGAAGGUCCAGUGGCCAGCGGAGAUGGGCUCCCCUCCUCCUCUCUACUUCAAUGCCGGCAUGUUUGUGUUUGAGCCUCAUCUUUUGACUUACUUUGACCUCCUGGAUACCGUCAAAGUCACUCCUCCGACUUCAUUUGCUGAGCAGGACUUUCUUAACAUGUACUUCAGGGAAAUCUACAAGCCAAUCCCUCCAAUUUACAACCUUGUUCUGGCUAUGCUAUGGCGCCACCCUGAGAAUGUAGACACUAUAGACAAAUUGAAAGUCGUCCACUAUUGUGCUGCAGGAUCGAAGCCAUGGAGGUUCACAGGAAAAGAAGAGAACAUGGGCAGGGAAGACAUAAAAAUACUUGUGCAAAAAUGGUGGGAUAUUUACGAGGAUGAGUCUCUUGAUUACAAGAACAUUAAUAGCAGUGCCAUGGCCAACAAUGAAAAGCUUGGAAGCUUGUUGAUGGAAGCCCUGAAGAAGGAUGAAGAAGAGGAUGUGGUUCACCAUAGGAACGCACCAUCAGCAGCAUAAUUUAUAUAUUUAGCAACCAAUAUUAUAAUAUGAUAUAUAUAGCUAAUAUACUAUACAUAAAUAUGUUAUGUUAUGUUAUAAAUGCGCAGUACUUAAUUUCCAAGUUUAUAAGCUGUAAUAUUGGAAAUGAAAUGAAUAAAAUUAAGUGGCAAUAUUUGGUUUUCA